AUGAAGACGAGCGACAGAGAGGCAUAUCGGCUGAGAGCUGCGUACCAAGGUGCCUUGCCUGGUACCCUCGCGGCAGCAGAACGACUCCACAUAGCAAUGGGCAUUGAAUCACAAGCUUUCGAUGCCUACGGACAACUCAUCGUGUUACCUUGGCAUAUGCCUUUGCCUGGAGAACUUCACCGUCAGUUUCAACUUCUGGAUCCGAGCCAGCUCAGUGCAGGGCCUAACGCUGUCAUCGGUUCUCAUCAGACGGGCAUGAUGCCGUACAGGGAUGCUGGCCCUCCGGCACUGCUCCAACACAACAAGAGAAGAACUGCUCCAUCCAACCAACUCGAGCGUUCUCUACACAACAAGAAUCUCGCCCAGCAUCUCUCAUCACAUGAGACAGGAGUUCCUGUUCCUCUUCAUUCCAGAGACGUGAAUCUGCCUCUACAAUUCUCUGGUACAAGGCCCUCGAUCGCCAACAGUGUGAUGGACAACAUGCUCAAGCGUAAGCUAUCCAAGAUCAAGCUUCCUUCGGCUCCCAAAGACGAUCAUCUAAGCGGCGCCGUACCCAAUCUUUCCAUCCAGCCAGCUUUCCAGCACAAACUCCGGAUCUCCAAGCCCACUGCCAGUGACAGUGAUAAGGCUGCUAUGCAAAAGAAGUAUGAGCAUUCAGAGACAUAUCAGGAGAAGUGUGAAUCGCCAUCUCCUCCUCGUCGCCGCUCCAUGCCUCCCAUCGAAGCAGUUCUCGCUCAUGGUUUCNNCAAAAACAUCAACCUGAUUCGUCCGCAUCAAGCCGCUAUCCCUCGUUCGCAUGCCUACGACCCAUGGACCGAUCUCCCUCUCAGACACAAAAUCCUCUCUCCAACACCUGUUUUUUUGCUGAAUAUGACUCCUUUCCAACUUGACGAUAGCGAAGAAACACAAUACUGGAAGCCUUCACUUCCCAUGCUUCUGUCUUACCAUCUCGCCAACCCAACAACCUUGAUCGAAGAAACACCAAUUCAAAGUCUGACUUUCCACCUCCCAGCCCCAAAACCAAUUCUCGCAUCGACAGGAAACAGAAAACAAGCCUCCAGAGCAUCCAAACAGCUGCACUACAAGACCGAAGGACCAGACAGCGGCACCGAAGUCAGAAUGAUACGAAUGAUACUUCCUCCCUUGGUCAACAGCGACGCAAUCAACAAUGAAGGCGUGCCAUACACAGAUUGGUUACUCCUCUGCUGCAGCGACAUCACACCUCCCCAACCCCCCUCCACAAGCACAAGGGUCCUGCGUUCUGCAUCCAAACCACCCAGACAAGCAUACCUCCUGCUCGCCAUCCCCACCCAAGCAAUCUCCGAAACCUCUUUUGUGGCGAACAGUCCCCCUCAGUCGCCUGCAGAUGCAGCGAACAAGCCCCAAACCAUCACUACAAUCCUCAGGUUUACGAGAAGAGGCAGAAUGCCUUUGGCUUUUGGUGUGGGAAGGGAUGUUAGUUUUGCGGAUAAGUGGAUCAGAGGGUUUGGGAUGGGAGUUGCGGCUUUGGAAGUUACGGUGGGUGGUAAUCAGCUUCCUUGUUGGGUGUAA